AUCUUACUCUUAUUGUCCAUCAUUUCAUUUCAUUAGUAGUAAAUUUAUUAUUCAAAAUGGCAAGAGUUGGUAAUGGUCUACAAAUCCCUUUAUCAUGGAUACCAGUUCAUGAUGGUAAAUUGCCAAAGAAUGCCGUGAAAGCAGAUGAGUCUAUUUAUGUGGCACGUUGUCAUAUAGAUGGUGAUUUAAUUUGUGGCAAAUAUUUGGAAAAAUAUGAAAAAGCAUAUUUUCCAGUAGAUGAAAAAGAAUUAGAAUUUGUAGAAUAUGAAAUAUUAUGUAAUUCUGGUAUUCCUGGUUGUCGUGAAGGAUAUGAAUGGAUAAUGAUGAAUGGAGGUGAUGUACCAGAAAAUGCAAUAGUCGCCGGAAUCAACAAAUACGGUACACCAUUGUAUGUUGUGAAAGGACGAAUUGAAGGUGAAAUAUGUGUUGGAAAAUUAAUUCAAGGUGAAUGCGCAGGACGUUUUUCAUGGGGUGGAGAUGAACAUAAAUGUGAACAUUAUGAAGUACUUGUUUUAAAAUAUUGAAAAUUUAUCAUAAUAAUAAUUUUUUUUUUGAGAAAAAAAACAAAACAUAUUUAUUUUGAUUUUUAUUUAAUUAAUUAAUUAAUAAUAAAGUCAUAUUCACAA